AUGAACACCAACUUUGACAACGCCCGCUUCACCGUCACUUACUCCCGCAACUGCGAUGGUGGAGUCCAAGAGAUGGCCGCUGCCGCCAAGUGCAUUCGCGAUGUCUUCCCCAACAGCCAGAUUGUCUCCGAACGUACCAACAGCUUCCCCAUCAAGGUGAUUAUCUCCGUCCAAGACGAACGAGAUGGCGACAAGAAGAUUGUUUGGUCCGGCAAGCAACAGAAUCUCUUUGAAAAGUACCAAAGCAAGCGCACCAAGUGCAUGCAACGAAUCAAGUCCAAGCUGGUCGAUUUGCAAAAGCAGCAAGCAGACAGCACCACCACAAAGGAUAAUAAUACUGCACAAGAACAAAGACAAACAAUCCCCACCACACGACGAACCAGCCUUUCCUCUCCCACCAUCACAUCCGAGCGCCGUGCCAGCGUCGCCUCCCUUGUCGCUCUUCCCGUGCAUGCAUGA